CUUCCAACCAACCAUCCAGACCACAGAGCAGAACCGUUGGUAACAGGCCCCCUCGGCCCAUCCACCUAGCCUGAAUAAUCGCACUGCUUAUCGCUCACCUCUCACCUUGGACACUCUUUCUUCACAGCAUGUGAAACAAGACAAUUCCGACUUCACACUCCUCAUCUUCCCGACUCGAGUCUGUUCACCAUCUUGUCCUUCUCUACCAUCAAUUCAAAGUCUCUGUCUCUUCUUUCUUUCUUGUACAAUUACAUCUACACCCUCCGCUCCUUCGAUCGUCCCUGGAAAAAUAAGUCUGUUUGCAACGGUCUGACCGCUUUGUUAUUCACGCUGCAUCCGCAUCAGAGACACACACUGUCAUUGUCGCAGCCACCACCACCACACCAGCUGACCCGCGUCUGCUGACCCUCGCUGCCUGCCUGCCUGCCCUCCAUACCACACCCUCACCAACCGCCGACUUGUUUACCAACCUUCCUUUCGUUUUCCUUUCAGUCAGGCCUGCCUUUCAUGGCCUCACUGCUGACCACAAUGUUCGUGCCAUUCUUACUCUCAUCUCCUUCUCAAAAAGCCCUGCCUCCACACUGUACCCUCAAACAAUCCUCCUCUUGUGUUACCAUUAACACAUAUACCUGUCUUGACACCCCCGAUUCUCCUUCUCGAUUAUCCGAAACAUCCUCUCCUGCAUCUCGCGCUGCCCAGAUUCUUCGUGGUUCCGGCCUGGGAGGCUCUCCCUCUCCUCGCCAUAUUAAUAAACAACCUGUUGACAUCUUUUCCCCGUCUAGCAAUGCCCGCACCCGGGGUCAAUUCAAGCCGCGCAAUGCCGGCAAGGGUUCUACCAGUUACCAACUGAGACAAUUUGCCGAAGCAACCUUGGGGAGUGGUAGUUUGCGCAAGGCUGUCAAACUACCCGAGGGUGAAGACUUGAAUGAAUGGUUGGCCGUCAAUGUGGUCGACUUUUACAACCAGAUCAAUCUUCUCUACGGCUCCAUCACAGAGUUCUGCUCUCCAUCAACAUGUCCCGAGAUGAAGGCUACAGAUGAAUUCGAGUAUCUUUGGCAAGACCCCGCAGGUGGCUUCCCCAAGCCCACCAAGAUGGCUGCCCCAGAAUACAUUGAGCACCUCAUGAGCUGGGUUCAAAGCAACAUCGACAAUGAAUCUACUUUUCCAAGCCGAAUCGGCGUUCCCUUCCCGAAACACUUCCCCUCUACUGUCCGCCAACUCUUCAAACGCAUGUAUCGUGUUUAUGCCCAUAUCUACUGUCACCAUUACGCAGUCAUUGUCCAUCUCGGACUAGAGCCCCACCUGAACACGAGCUUCAAGCACUACGUUCUGUUCAUUGAUGAGCAUGGACUGGAGAAGGGUGGUGGCAAGGAUUACUGGGGUCCUCUGGGAGAUCUUGUGGACAGCAUGUUGAAGAGUGAUUGAGUGACUGCAAUGUUGCGGUGCUGCUGCCUUGGGCAAAUCAAUCAAAUCAGUCAAUGAGCGCAAUGUUGGGAGUAAUGGGUUUCAUGAUGAACGAUUCAGAGAUUGACAUGGGACGGGAAAAGGCAUACGAUAAUGCUUUUUGAAUGAAGCGCAAGGCGUUGAAUGUCCUUGGCAGGCAUGUAGCCUUGUCCGCACAACGGGAGAAUGAUUCGGAUGAAUUGGCGCAUCGUCUGUAUUAGCACUCUACCAGGCAAUGAGGUCUCGGUAUGAGUAUAAUCCAUCCAAUUACUCCUUGAAAAUAAGUCUCAACCAUGUCGUGAAGGCUGUCAUUCUUCCACCAGGACUGAGGACUGUCCUCGGUAGAACUAAGCAGUUAUUCUUGGACAAGUGUCCUUAAGGGACCUCGCAUUCAUACACGUACAUUUCCAC